AUGGCUUCGCCAGACACUGCAAAGACUGCCCCAAAAGUGCUCGUGCCGCUUUGCGGAAAAACAAUUGAUAUGCCAUACCUGUGUGAAGUGGGCUAUGGCGUUGUUGGGGUUGAGGGUGUUCAACGAGGAAUCUUGGAUUUCAAGGCAGAACAUCAGAUUAGAGUCCUCAACUCAGUGUAUGCCUCAAACCCUUUGCCGUGCAGCUUGCUGCAGCUUGUUGUUCCGUCAUUUUUGCAGGUGAAAGGCCUAAAGUCGAAAACGAAAGGUUUUGUCUUCAAGACUGGCGACCAGGGGUUGGGAUACUAUUCUGAAACUCCUGCAGUUUGGAGAGGGAAGGUGAACCUGGGAAAGAGGCAUGCUCCUUUACAUAUACUGCAGUGUGACAUGUUUGACGUAACGCCUGAUUUGCUUGCAGCUUCGACGUUCGCGACUGAUGGGAGGUUUGACUUGAUCUACGAUCGAGAUGCUUUGGCAGCUCGAUGA